AUGAACACUCCCUCUUUGAACCUCCUGCGCAAUGCGGGCUUCGAGGAAACUUCCGACUCAGCAGACUGGCCCUCGCCCCUGUCGUCCUGGGUGCCGCUCGUCCCCGGCGGCGCAGCAGCGCAGCAAGGGGGCGGGGGGGACGGGGGUGGGGAGAUUCCGCCCGGAGACCCGUCCGUGGCUGCUGAGGGCGGUCGGUUCGUUCGCCUGCAGCCCAGAGACGGCAGUGGCAACAGUGGCGGGGGGCUCUGGGGGAGCGGGCCGAGCGAGAUUGGGGGGACAGCGUGGCCAGUGCCGGGAGUGGGGCAGCUGCUGUGUGUUGCAAAAGGUGGCGAGCAGCAGCAGCAGCAGCAGCAGCAGUAA